AUGGGGGACUCCACUGAUUGGUUUCUGAGCACGAAUUCAAGCGUCCCAACCUGGGAAACUGAAAUGACAACACUGAAUGGAAGCAAUGAGACCACUGCCCCAACACCUGACAAGCAGCUGCCCAUCUUGAGAGGGCUGACCUUCGUCAUCGCUCUACUUGGGCUGGCAGGAAAUGCAGCCGUGCUCUGGCUCCUGGGGUUCCGCAUACGCAAAAACGCCUUCUCCAUAUACAUCCUCAACGUGGCUGGGGCCGACUUCCUCUUCCUCUGCUGCCGCGUUGUAGUUUGCCUCUUUGACCACUUCAAUUUGUUCAACACCUCUGUCUCUGGCUUCUUCCCGGUGUGGAACUUUUUCUACCUUGUAGGCCUGAGUAUCCUCAGCGCCAUUAGCACCGAUCGCUGUCUGUCGGUCCUAUGGCCAGUCUGGUACCGCUGCCGCCGCCCGAGACACCUGUCAUCUGUCCUGUGCGCCCUGCUCUGGGCCCUGUCCCUGGUGCUGAGCGUCCUGGAAGGGAAGCAUUGUGGUUUCCUGUUCGGCUAUUGGGAAAAGGCUAGAUGUCGAAAUUCUGACUUCUUCACUGCAGCGUGGCUGGUGUUUUUAUUUUUGAUUCUCUCGGGGUCGAGCCUGGCCCUGCUGCUCAGGAUCCUCUGUAGCUCACGGAAGCUGCCACUGACCAGGCUGUAUGUCACCGUCCUGCUCACGGUGCUGAUCUUCCUGCUCUGCGGCCUGCCCUAUGGCAUCAAGUGGUACCUCUUAUUCUGGAUUGACAGUUUUAACCUCCCUGCCCACUUCCAUCCCGUUAUGGUCCUCCUGUCCUGUGUUAACAGCUCUGCCAAUCCCAUCAUUUACUUCUUCGUGGGCUCCUGUAGGCGGUGGCGGCAGGGACAGACCCUCAAGCAGGUUCUCCAGAGGGCUCUGCAGGACACUCCUGGGGCGGGUGAAAGCCGAGGCAGCCUUUCCCAGGGAACCCUGGAGAUGUAGGGGUGCAGCCUGGGGUAGAGAUGGAGGCUCCCUCUGCACUUACCCAGAUGUGGCUUAUCAGAUGUGGCCAGCUCUGCCCCUAUCAGUUCUGGAAAUUUUCUUAACUUCUGUCAUCUUCAGACCCUGGUCUUCAAACGGUUAAGAUAAUAAUCCUCGUGAAGAUUAAGCGAGAUGGUGCCUGUGACCCAGACACAGAUGCAGUUGUCUCUGGAACUGUCCUCCUCACGGGCUUCACCCCAUCCCUCCAGAAUCAAGGACUUUUCUCACUUUUGAACCAUUUCACCUUUUGCAGGAGGCUCCAAGCAUUGCAGGACAGAUCCGAAUUUCAUUGGCUAUUGACCUGGCACUAACUAAUGGAAUAUUCCAUUAUUGACAGGAAUAUUUUGUCUCUGUUUACAGUUUCUGUCCAAAUAAAAUGAAGGGGGGGUGGCACUGUGGCUCAUUCUGUUAAUUCUCUGCCGCCUGC